UCACCCUUCCACCCCCCAUUCCAAACAUGGUUAUGUCCCACUUGAUCAAAUCAACGUUACCAUAAGAGUACGUGCCACUUGAAAUCGUCACCCUUCAACCCCCCAUUCUAAAGAUGGUUCCGCCCACUUGAUCAAAUCAACGUUAUCAUAAGAGACGCCUGGCGGACUAUUAAGUAAUGCGUACGUGUCACUUGAAAUCGAAGCAUCGUUCCCCCCCAUUCCGAACAUGGUUAUGUCCCGCUUGGAGGAAACCAUGGCUCUACAUGAAAGCGACGCCUGGCGGACGGCACAUCGUACUGUUGCAGUUCAAAGUCAAAGUCAAAGUCAACGUCUAGCACAUGGUACAUAAUUUAACCAUUGAACGUACAUAACACUCAAGUCUAACAAAUUCGGCUAGUAAGAUCUAGUAACCGCCUGUGUGAGGCCCAUCAACUUUCUUUGUGAACAUGAUCGACUCAGUCAGUCUUGUUGACUCUUCUACUUCGACAACCUAUAGCUACCUGACAUUUCCUUUAAGAAUAGCCCGAGUCAAAUGUUUGGCUUCGAAAGUUUAUACCUUUCCAUUCUCAGUGCCAUCGGUACAUGAGAAGACCCGCGUGAAGUCAACACCAGAUGAAGUAAUUUGUCACCCUGACAAUAUCUGAUAAGGCGUGUUAUGCCUGAUUUUAGACCAGAUGCCAAAUUAUUUCCAGUGCUUUGUCGCACAUUCCGAUUUAUGCCCAACGGACACAUUGCCUGCCAUACUCCGUGUUUAUUUAUAUUACAAAACGGUAAUGACAAAAGGAUUAUCAAUACUUUCGAUUGUUUUCAUUGCUAUGGAAACCUUUGCUCACCUUACUUCAAACUGAUAGUGUAAGAUUCGGUUGCUGGUGCAAGUGGGCGGUAUUGUCAUUAUCGCGUACACCGGGAGGUCUGUUUAAGAUUUCACACUGGUGGGCGGUGCUUAUUUCUCUGUACUGGUUUUCUAGUGUACCACAGAGUUUCCGUUUAUCUCGUUUAUCUCAUUAUCUGUCAGUACGAGCAAACAUGUCUGAUUUCAGUUACACAGUGUGUUUCGAAUUUCUCUCUCCCUGUUUUGACCCAGCAUUGUUUGUCAGUUUGUUCUUCUACUGAUGGUAUGCUGCAUAAAAGACGUGUUCGUUUCACGCGUGAAGACAAAAUUAGACGUUUUGCUACAUGACAACCCUUUCUUAGGAUCCUAUAGUGGUCCCAGAGGCGACAGGAUGACACAGUUUGAUAAACAUGUCAGUUUGUGUUGCCACGCCACUCUCCAAGCAGAUGUCUGGCUCCGACUCUUUUCUGCCGGUUUAGGCGUUUUUAUCGGGCUGUCUAUUUGGUGCCGUUUUGUUUGUGUCUCUUUUGGCCGCAUGUCAUAAAGAAUACGGUAAAAAAAAUACAAAGUACGUUAAAACGCCUAAAACCUUCGAAAAACCGCCGGAGUCUGACCUCUGCUUGGAGAGUACUAGCAUGCCUGCUAUUGCUUUCAGGGACUACACAGUUUGGCUCCUCUUGUCCCACCAAAGGCCCCUCGAAAUAUAAUAGUAGAAGGACUAUCAAUACUUUCAGGACGAAUUUGGACACUUCCGUUAUGAUGGAUUCUCGCUCCAUACACAAUCAAUGACUUCCCUGUAUCAUUCUUAAUACAGGACUCAGAAGGCCGACCCUAGUAGUAUUUACACUGUUACCGGUAAUGUACACAAAGCAAUAAGCGGAUAAAUAAGACAUGAAUUCUUAUACGUUUAGCACAUUUUACCUGUUGCAGUUCAAAGUCAUAGUCUGGCACAUGGUACAUGGUUGAACGUAAAUAACCCUCAAGUCUCACAAGACUCGGCUAUGUCUAGUAAGAUCUAGUAACCGUCUGUGUGAGGCCCAUCAACUUUCUUUGUGAACAUGAUCGAGUCAGCCAGUCUUGUUGACUCUUCUGCUUCGAUAACCAAUGACAUUUCCAUUAGAAUGGCCCGAGUCAAAUGUUUGGCUUCGAAAGUUUAUACCUUUCCAUUCUCAGUGCCAUCGGUACAUGAGAAGACCCGCGUGAAGUCAACACCAGAUGAAGUAUUUUGUCACCCUGACAAUAUCUGAUAAGGCGUGUUAUGCCUGAUUUUAGACCAGAUGCCAAAUUAUUUCCAGUGCUUCAGCACACAUUCCGAUUUAUGCCCAACGGACACAUUGCCUGCCAUACUCCGUGUUUAUUUAUAUUACAAAACGGUAAUGACAAAAGGAUUAUCAAUACUUUCGAUUGUUUUCAUUGCUAUGGAAACCUUUGCUCACCUUACUUCAAACUGAUAGUGUAAGAUUCGGUUGCUGGUGCAAGUGGGCGGUAUUGUCAUUAUCGCGUACACCGGGAGGUCUGUUAAGAUUUCACACUGGUGGGCGGUGCUUAUUUCUCUGUACUGGUUUUAGUGUACCACGGAGUUUCCGUUUAUCUCGUUUAUCUCAUUAUCUGUCAGUACGAGCAAACAUGUCUGAUUUCAGUUAUACAGUGUGUUGAAUUUCUCUCUCCCUGUUUUGACCCAGCAUUGUUUGUCAGUUUGUUCUUCUACUCGACAUUAUUUUCUUGUCAAGGCACACGACCGUGUCACUUUUCUUAUUUUCACAUUUCUCAUUUUCUGCGUUGCAAGCGCACUUUGUCAAAUGCAGCUAGUGGCCAUGUCACAUCUGAUAACGCAUCCGGUCCAGUCGCGCCAUCCCCACAUGGCGCCGAUGUGGACAUUAGAAAUAAUAAAUGGCUUUUUGGUCAUUUGAGAAAUCCGCCUCGCACGUGUACACGCCUACCGCGCUCCGCCUCGCACUUUUUUCCUGCACCUCGUCGAAGCAGUGCGGUCUGUUGAGUCACGAGCGGUCGAGCCAAGAACGUCAUCUCAUUUGAAAAAGGUGUGUACCCUAGAAUGCCUUACAGCUAUAUAUAAUUUCUUGAUAGCUGUUUCGUUCUUCUGAAUAACAUACUGCGAGUAAAUCAUAUUACUUGAGUGAUUGAUAAGAGAGCUCGAGAUUAUAAUUUUCCACACACGUAAUUUGUGAAUUAUCAAAGGCACAGGCUUACGGCAAAAGCAAGAAGUUGUCAUGCCACAAUUAUGCUCAGAUUUGAUACUUCACAGCUGCAAGGUUUACUCAUUGUCUUCUUUUGGUCUUUUUGCGAAGUGUGGAGGUCUCCAGGAUUAAUUGGAACAUCUCGAUUUACGGAACGAUUCCAAUGGCCGAGCGUAACGGUUCUGCAGGCGACGAAGGGUCUGCAGCGGAAGAGUGGGCGGAUGCUGCCAGGUCCGCCCAACAAGUGUCGUUCAAUCUCGGGGCCACGGGCCGUACAAUGGCCAACGACACGGCGCCGUCUCGGCUGUCCCUGAGAGACCGGCGUCGGCGACGAGGGGCGUCCAAUGAGCCGUCGGUGUCGCCGGUGUCGCCGGUGCCGCCGCGUCGCUCCGGUGGCUCACGCGGAGCGGGAACGUUCUCGCGAAAUGUCCUGCUCCUUCGAGAAGAGGCCCAGGAUGAAAUGGCGCGUCCACCCCGUUCCACCGUCAAGCAAGCCAUCAUUGACGACGGGAGAGCGUGUACCAUCACAUUUAACAUCGACAUGAUGGGACCGGACAUCGUUCGGGCCGUCCGAAACGCCAUGCAGAGCAGGCAAGUUGUGGGGCCGCUGACCCUCCACAUCGCCUCUGGCAGCGGCUGGCAGUUUGUCCAAACGCACGACCUGUCCACCCUUAACGGCCAGGCCUUGCGCCAGCUCGCCAGGGGGUCACAGCAGGUUUUAUAUAUAAGUCACAGGGCGUCUGUGGCAACAGAGAGCGCCGACACAUCAGGAAGGUCUUCUGAGACUGUGCCGGAGACAACGUACCCUGAGGAACCAGCUGCCAGCAGGGUGACAACGCGAGCGUCAGUGUUCGACGUUGAACCAGGCGUUGAACAAGCAGCCGGGGUGACAACCCCGCGUUCGUCAUCGCCAAUCCACAUUGAGUCCGACUCAGAGAAUGGCAUGGACGAGAGCGGGGAUGGAGAUGACGUAGACAGUCUGGACGUAGAGGAAACCAUGGAUGUUGAGGAAGUUGAUCUUCCCACCCCGACCUCAGGAAACUCGGUGGCCAGCACUGAUGGUGAGUCGUGCAGACACUUGUUGUCCAAACUACAAGUUCAUGAGGAAGCUUGCGGGUGGCAUGUCAUGUUAUAUCGUUACGUACAUCAGCAAGCUGUCGAGUUCGAACCGACAGUUAUUCUUUUGGGAUUCAUCUCUAAGAGGAUAUAUUAACCAGCCACUUUUCUAGCGUAUAAUACGGACAUCUACGUUUCCUCACUUCGAGCGAGGAGACGCUGUUGUGUUGCCCAAAAAUUCACCUUGUUUAGAUACCUCACGUCUUCUGCGGGAGACACUACGAGGGGUGAUCAAUAAGUCCUCGGCCUCACCAACAAAUAACAAGCACAACUCAGAUUUUCAGGCGAAACUUCAUA